CAGGGGGACGUGGUGUUCAAGGACUCGGUGAAGGUCAUGACGGUGAGCUACAACACGCACGGGGAGAUGGGCGAAGGCGCCAGGAAAUUCGUGUGUUUCAACAUACCUCAGAUCCAGUACAAGAACCCCUGGGUGCAGAUCAUGAUGUUUAAGAACAUGACGCUGACACCCUUCCUGCGGUUCUACUUCGAUUCUGGGGAGCAAGUCCUCGUGGACGUGGAGACCAAGAGCAAUAAGCAGGUCGUGGAGCACAUCAAAAAGAUUCUGGGGAAGAAUGAGGAAACCCUCAAGAAAGAGGAGCAGGAGAAAAAUCAGCUUUCUCACCCAGCGCACUUUGGCCCCUGA